CCAAAACAUGGCACAAUGUGUUCAUUGAUCAUGUGCCUGUGUGUUCUGUGCUGCGUUACUGUGAAGCUCUAUCAGGAUGACGUGUUUUUCAUGUAGGUGCAGGGAUAACCAUUUAUGCAGGUCUUCAACCGUUCCUCGCUUCAACACCUGAAGAGGCAUCUCAAGAAGAAAAAACCAACUGCGAACCUAUCACCUUUGCGGAGGCACACAGCAAAAGGAUUUUCAAUUACCGCCUAAGCCGAGCCCGUCGAGUGACAGAAAAUGCAUUUGGCAUAAUGGCUCAAAGAUGGCGUAUCCUGCGGUGUUCUUUUAAAGUCAAAGAUGAUAAUAUCUGGCGAAUUAUCUCCGCAUGUGUGGUCCUUCACAAUUUCAUGAUGAAAGAGUCGGAGACAUCUCGGUGCGCCUACUGUCCUCCAGGGACAGCUGAUCAGGUUGACUGGCAGGGUAACAUCACAGAAGGCAACUGGAGGGCUGAUGACACCAGCAGUGCUGCUCUGCCAUCUCUACCGAAGACUGGCUGCCACGCCACAAGGUUUGCUUACGAAAUGCGGGACUUCCUGGCAAAGCACUUCAUCACCAACGGCAAGGUGCCUUGGCAAGAAAGCAAGAUAAUGGACACAAGACUGUACAGUGGUGUUGCACCGGACGAAGAUGCAGGCUGUUCUAGUGGUUCAUCCAAGAUGACUGUGACAUAGUUGUCCUUGUCGACCUGGCCCUCCUCUGCGUUGCCACUGCUGCUGUUACUUGCAGGCACCGGACUCCGCUCACCUGAUGCUCUAUGUGAAACGUCGGAAGGAUGAACUCGCGUGAAACAUUUGUGAUUUGGAGAAAGUAAUAUUUUAUCAAUGAGAAAUAAUUAUUGUUGGUGAAUGUCGCAAAAGCACGAUAAUAUUACGAGAUGAGAUACUGCUUAAACUUUAUUUUCUGAAUGCACAAGUGGUGUUAACUUUAUCAGAUAACAUGCUUUUGCACUGCAAGCCCUAUU